CUCUCUCUCUCUCUCUGUCUCGGCGAGGCCGCCGCCGAUUGUCGCUCUUUGCUCGCGUAACGUAACGGAAAAGGGUAAGUGCGCGAUUUAUUAUUUAACCGAGAUAAUCGAUGGCUCAUGGAUACGUGCGCCGACUUACGUCCCCGCGGCUCGCGAUAGUCGUCGUCAUUUUCGCGAUGGUGCCGCGCCGCGAGGCAGGAAACGCCCGUCUGCCGCCGCGAAUCGCCGGCGACUCGUAAAGUCCCGCUCGUACGUUCCUUCGGCUUGCACUCGCGCGCAACAGAGAGAGAGAGAGAGAGAGAGUGAGUAAGAGGGGGAAAGAUAUAAAUAACGGCAGCAGCGGGAACUAUGCUGGCGAGAUUCAGGAACAGCUUCCGCUGCGGCGUGCCCAAGUGCCCGACUCUUCGUAUUCCAGGGAUGGAGAAGCCAGAGUCCUCCGCGGAGGGCGAGAGCGCCGUCGAGCUGGAGGACAGGGAUCCCAAUAGCCUGAACCAACAUCUUCAGGUGAUGUGGGACGACGUGAUCGGCGAACCGGAGGGCAUCCGCAGCCCCGAGUGCGCCUGGCGACUCAGCGGCCAUUGCUUCCGGCUUUCCAGAGGAUGCUGUUACGUGCUCCUCUCCGUUCUCGUGGCGCCCCUGCUCGCCCUUUGUUUGGGUUUCACGUUCGCCUGUCUCGCGUUUCAGCAUAUAUGGUGCGUCGCGCCAUGUCUGCGCGUGUGGAAAAUCACGUGCGCGGCGAUGCGAAAUUUUCUGGCGGCGUUGACGCAAGCGAUCAUCCGGCCGGUCAUGGAGGCGAUGGGUUACCUCUGCCACAAUAUCCGCGUAUUCAAUCAGAAGCUGCCGGACGGUCCUUACCAGAAGGAGGACCUGCUGGUCGUGUAAUCGACAGAGCCGGCGCCGCUCGCUCGCUCGCUCGCUUCUUCGUCCGACUUGCGUCUCUCCUUUCGUCUUUCGGCAAGCGUGCGUGCGUGCACGCACGCGGUAUCGCGGCGUGGUCUCGCGAGUUCAUCACAGCGGGAACAUCGAGUUGUAAUUACGGGAGAAAGAGACCGCUCGCGCGUCUUUUCGAACACGCGACCAAGUCGCGUCGCAUCGUUCUCGCUCGACCGCGGCUUCAUUCGCGAGCGGAAAGAUCGCCGAGCGACGGACGAAGGCGCCCGCGAGAGACGUCGCGUCCGACCGCGAGAGUAUGGAUCUUAAUGUUGAGAGAAAAAAUACACACCACGAGGAAACGCACGGAAGUGUGCCUCGCUGAUCGCAACGGCUCUCGGAUACGCCGCAGAGCGGCUCGAAAUAAGGGACUCGUUAUCUCCUCGAAUGCGCUUUCCCGCAGUCGAUUUCAUUCAAUUACCAUCCCGGCCCGUCGGCGGGUCGUCUCAGCUCAGCUAAGGCGCGACGAGGCCAAUGUGGAAAAAAAUGCGCAUGUGUCUUGUUUGUAGCUGCUCCAGCGGGGAUGCUCGAAGCUCGGCAGGAUCUCGCCGAUCGGCGAGAAACAGCUCCGUGCGUCUCCCGAGCAGGGUUGGCAAAAAAACAUGUUCAAAAUAAAGAAAACUUCAUGUAGUAUAGUCGGGGUGGUUUAAUAAGAAAUAUUUUUUUUAAAUCAUUUCAUUUGAAUAAAUCAUGAAAUAUAUGUAUACAAGAUGUGAGUUAUUAAGUAAAUACACUACUUAAAAAAAUUAUGGCAUCAAAAAAUUUGCGCUGAAAAUUGCUCAACUUUGAACAAUGAUUUGUCACUCAGUGACAAAUGGUUGUUGUAGAACGAUGAUUUUUUCUUUUUAAUUAAAGGUUGAGGUCUCAACUUUAACGUGCUUUCGGUCGAUUUUAGAUCCAACUGAUUCCUACAGCGUGCGAUCUCAUAAUUCAAUGGCAUGUUUUUGAUUUAAAAAUUUGCAACUUUGAUAAAAUGCACAGGCUUGGGUAAUUUUUUUUCGAAAUUUUCAUUUGCGGGAAAUGAAAGUUUGAUUCUUCCUGUUUCAUUUAAAAAAAAUUCAAGUCUAUGAUUUUUUUCGCGAUUUUAUAACAUUUUAAAAAAACCCGUACAUUUUCGUUAUCGAAGGUAGGAUUUGUAGGAAAUCACUGUCAACUUUGGCAUUGCCUAAUGGGAUACCGAAUUUUGGCAUUAAGUGUAAAACAAGGUAGUUCAUGGUAGUGUUUUAUGAUAGAAACAUGCAUCCGUUGUCUCAGGCUCAACGAGCACUAAUUAUUGCGCUUAUGAGCCAAGGCUCAUUCUCGCAAAGGUACGUGACGAGGCAACUAACCAAUCCGCGGUUUCGCAAAUUUGGUUACAUUUCCGGGAAACGAGUAAUUUACAACAACCAGUAGAGGAACAGGGAAGACAACAGAUGACAACUCUACGAGAAGAUCCCUCGGAAUCGGCAAUGUGCUAAUGCCAAAAAUUAUUGAAUAUAGCUACGCAAACCCUACUUCCAGUAACGAGAAAAGAUCGUAGAGACUUGAAUUUUUUUUUUUUUAAUUGAAGGGGAAGAAUCAAACUUUCAUUUCCCGCAAAUAGAAUUUUCGAAAAAAAAUUACCCAAGCCCGUGCGUUUUGUCAAAGUUUGCAAAUUUUUAAAUCAGAAACAUGCCAUUGGAUUAUGGGAUCGCACGCUGUAGAAAUGUAUUGGAUCUAUUGGGUUGGCAACCAAGUGAUUGCAGAUUUUGUCGACAGAUGGAUUUUACACUUUCUUUUGUUUCGUUAA